AUGGAAGCCUCCUACCUGCACGACAAAUCUGACUACAAUGACACUCACUACAAUGACAAUUACCAACCUCCCUCCAGCGUCUUCGAAAGUGAUGGCUGGUUUGAAUUGUACAAUUUUUGCAUUAAGUAUGGGCUUCGGAAUGAUUUUGCUAAGUUAUCUGCAUGGACUGUGAUCUUGAUAGGUUUUCCUCUGACCGUGCUGGCCAUCUAUUUUCUGUAUUCACAGGUGCGAGACAACCAUGUUGCACCGGUCUAUGUCAUCAACCUUCUGAUCUCUGACCUUAUCAAGAUAUGUAGCUUGGUGAUCUGGAUGGUUGACUGGCAGCAUCUUGAAUAUAAUGCCUGGGAAUAUUAUGUUAUUGCUCUCUGUGUCUCCACAUUGAUUUUCUACAUUGGUCUGCUGGUCAGUGUUGGCUUCAUGGUGUGUGUAGCCCUAGAAAGGUAUUUAAUUGUCACCUGGCCUCUGUGGUACCGCUUCAGAUGUAGCAUCAAGUUUUCUGUGGUGGUCUCCGUCAUGGUCUGGGUCUUUGGUUUCAUUGAGUUCAUUAUAGCAUUUUUUGUCCCCUAUGCCCUCUUCAUCCUCCUCCUCCUCCCUUUCCCCUUGCUCAUCUUCUUCCUGGCUGGGACCAUCAAAGCCCUCUCUAUGGACAUUUCUGUCUCUGUUAAAGAAAAACAGCAGAUCAUAGGAACUUUAGUCCUGGUGCUGCUGCACUACACACUACUGCUCUUGCCCCGGGUCAUUUUGAUCAUGGAAAGGUCAUUUAAUGCUGAUGAAUUUACUUAUAUUUUUUUGGUUUUAUUGAUUUUUGUAGAGUUGACAGACUUUAGUCCUUUUGCAGACUUGGUUCUGUGUGUUUUCAUAAGCAAAGGGUCUACAGAGAAGCCGCUGACCUCCCUGUGUUGUUGCAGGGUAACAAGAGAGGAAGAACAGGGUCGGGUAGCCACCAUAAAUAGCUAACCACAGAAGUAGACAGAGCAUUAAUUCAUUCAUUAUCUAUACUGGACUUAGGGAGGAAUAAUAAUAAAAAAAAUAACAAUAAAUAAAUAAAAUGAUAUGAUUAUCUAAUUUGAAUUAUAUUGUUUUAUUUUGCAAGCCUUAAAUGUUCAGAGACAUAGAGACAACAUAUUUGUUUUCCAUCAAAAUAUCUGAUCUUGCAGUAGAAUAUUCAGUUGUAGUAACUGUGUAAUUUUCAUACUUAUACACUCUUUUUGCUCUUAUAUAUGUUAGACAAUAAUUGUGGUCUGGUGUAAUUCUGGAAAAGUUCAAAGUGACUUCAAAAGUAAUGUUUUUAUUUACAUUUGACCUAAACCAGGAACUUUUCCUAACCUUAAACCAAAGUGCUUUUGUAA